AUGUGGGUCCUCCAUGGAAGGAGGCUGCUGUUAAGCUUCCUGGUGUCGCUAGUGCUGGUCCAAAGUGUGUUCGCAGCAUCAUGUAAGCAAGGUUGUCCAACGCCGAACAAGUCUAGCAAGUAUACGUUCAAGUCCGGAUUCGUGUACCAGUACGAUGUGGACAGCUUCGUGCAGAUUCAACAGUCGGACAAGGAAAACAAGCAGACUACGCUCAAGGUCGAGGGCAAGGUGGAACUGUACGCCGGCAACAACUGUGUGUACACGCUGAAGGUUGUGUCGCUGACUUCCUACGCACCGGACGGCAAGAAGACGGCGUUCGGGCCCGAAAUCAGCAAGCCGGUGCAGUUCACGCUGUCGAACGAUGAGCUGCUGCCCGAGAUCUGCUCGGAUGCCGCCGAUACUGACUUCUCGGUGAACGUGAAGCGUGGUCUGAUUUCGCUGUUCCAGUCCGCACAGGACAAGAGUACCGAAACCGACGUGUUUGGCGUGUGCCAGACGUCUUUCUCGAGCUAUCCCUCGGGAGAUGCGACCGUUGUGGAGAAGUCGCGUGACCUCGGUAACUGUGCGUACCGUGAAUCGUUGUCGAACAGCUUCGUGACUCGCAUCGUCAACAGCAAGGCAGGCAUCAAGUCGACUCCGCUGCUUCAGAGCUCGUACAAUAAUCAGCAAACGAUCCAGGGCGGUCUGCUCUCGGCUGUGAAGCUGAGCGAAGAGUACCAGUACCUGCCGUACAUGAAGGAGAAGGUUGGAGUUACGGCGAAGGUUACGACGAAGCUAACGCUUACCGGUAACAAGGCAGGAGCUGCUCCGGCUGUUGAUGGCGAGCCCCGUUCGAUCAUCUUCGAGAACCCUGAUCAGCAACCGGCUGGCAACUUGGCCGUGAUCAAGCAGGAGCUGAAAUCGACCGUCGAUUCGUACACCAAUGGCAACGUUGGCAAGAAGACCGCCAAUCUGUUCGUCGAGCUGAUUCAGCUGAUGCGCUACUCGAAGAAGGAUGAUCUGCUUAACCUGUACAACCAGGUUAAGGCUGGCAGCGUGCACCCGAACAAAUCGCUGUCCCGCAAGGUGUACCUGGAUUCGUUGUUCCGCGUCGGAACGGGUGAUGCCGUCGAGGCCAUUACGCAGCUCUACAAGAACAAGGAAAUUACCGAUGCUCAGGAACAAAAGCUCGCCUUCGUUUCGCUCAAUCUGGUCAACUCGAUGACACAGGAAGCGCUGAAGUCCGUCGUGAAGCUGCUGGAUGGAAAUCCGCCCCGUGAAGCUUACCUGAGCGUGGGUUCGCUGGUCAGCAAGUACUGCCAGAAGCACGGCUGCCAGUCGGCUGAUGUGAAGGAAAUCUCGAACAAAUUCGGUGCCAAGCUGGGCAAGUGCCAGUCGACCUCGCGCUCUCAGGAGGAUGUGAUCGUCGCGGUACUGAAGGGAGUACGCAACUCGGACAAUCUGGUCGCUCCACUGCUGGACAAGGUUAUCCAGUGCACUGGUCCGAGUGCGUCGUCGCGUGUUCGUGUAGCGGCUCUCCAAGCGUUCCCUGCGGCUUCCUGCAACAAGAAGGUGGUCACUUCGGCCCUCAACACACUGAAGAACGCCAAUGAGGACUCUGAAAUCCGUAUCCACGCCUAUCUGUCGCUGGUUGAAUGUCCCUCGGCUAACGUUGCCAACGAGCUGAAGGCACUGCUGGAUGGUGAGAAGGUGUACCAGGUCGGUUCGUUCAUCACGUCGCAUCUGGCUAGCUUGCGGUCGUCGGUUGAUCCGACGCGUGAUGCUGCUCGUCAGCACUUUGGCAAGAUCCGUACCUCGAACAAGUUCCCGUUCGAUGUCCGCCGCUACUCGUUUAACCGCGAGUUCUCGUAUGCCGUCGAAUCGCUCGGUGUUGGAGCAAGUGCCGAGACUAGCGUCAUCUACUCGCAAAAAAGCUUCCUGCCUAAGUCGGUGAGCCUUAACUUUACGGCUGAGCUGUUUGGCAAUGGGCUGAACGUGUUCGAGCUCGAGGGACGUCAGGACAAUUUGGAGCGGAUGGUAGAGCACUACUUCGGCCCGAAGGGAUUCUUCUCCGGCAUGGAUAUGCAGGCGGCGUAUGAUCUCAUUUCCGAGCAGUACCAGAAACUGUCCGGCAAGGCGAAGGAACGCUUCCGUCGUGGUAUCCGCGAGGAUAUCCGUGCGCUAGCCCGCACUGUCGAUCUGCACAACGAUGCAUUGCAGGAUUUCAACCUCGAUCUGACCGUGAAGGUAUUCGGUUCGGAGCUGUUCUUCCUCAGCACCGGCGAGAAUGUGCCGACGGAUCCGGAGCAGUUCCUCAACAAGGCUCUGGAAUGCUUCGACAAGAUGAUCGAGGGUGCCAAAAAGUUCGAGCGCACGUUUGAGCAUCAUGCUCUCUUCUUGGAUACGGAUCUCGUGUACACUACCGCUCUCGGUCUUCCGCUGAAGUUGUCCGCACAGGGUGCCGGUGUUGCUCGCCUGGAUGCCGCCUUGGAGCUCGACGUAAAGAGCCUGAUCAAGGACUACAACAACGCAAAGUUCAACGUAAAGUUCCAGCCGAGCGGAAGCUUCGAGGUGACCGGAACCAUGAGCGUGGAUGCGUUCAACGUGAUGACUGGAAUGCAGGUGGCCGUAUCCGGACACUCGUCUGGUGGUGCCGCAGCCAAGUUUGCGCUGCACGACGCUAAGGCAUACGAUCUGACGAUCGAUUCCCUGCAAGGAAAGCAAGAGCUGGUCUCGGUGAACUUCCGCGAGGUGAUCAUUACGCGCGAGCGAGGCAACCAACUGAUCACGCUUCCGGCGAAGCGUCAAGAGUUUGGAUCCAAGUUCAGCGAGUGCUUCGAUAACCUGUACAGCGUGAUCGGUGUGACGGUCUGUGCCGCUCACAAGGUCGACCAAGAAGAGCUGUUCGAAUUGUACCUGGAGGUCGAGCCGAAGUUCCACUUCUCGGGCAAGUUUGACAACUCUAACCAGCAGCACGUGACGCUGCUGUUGAGCUUCGAUACACCCGGAUCGCAGACGAAGCGUCUGACAAACCUCCGCCUGGAAGGUGUGACCGCGGGCGAGCUGUACGUGAAGGCAUCACUCGAAUCGCCGAUUCGCAACGUUGACGUCCAGCUGGGAGUGAACAACAAUGACAAGGAAGUUGCACUGUACGGUGUGGCACACAUUGGCGUGGAAGAGUACCUGGCUAAGAUUGGCUUCCAAAAGGGGGCGUCCGGUGGCCGUGACGAGUACGUACCAAUUUUCACCAUCCGUUCGCCGAACGGUGAUGCUCAGGUGUCUAAGUUUGUGCAAACUACUGGUAAAAUCGUGGUGGAGAACAUGGAUGGUGGUAAGCGCAAGUACAACCUGCAAAAUAUCGAGUGGACUAGCCCUUACGCCCCGAAGACCACCAUCAACGGUUACGUUGUGUCGAACGGUGAGCGUAGCUUCGAUGCCGAAGUAGAUGUCGCUGUCGGUGAAGUGAAGAACAACGUGGUGGGUCAUCUGGACUUUGAUCUGAAGCAUGUCAAGCUGGACCUGGAGAAGAAGACCCCGAGCGAUGCAAACAAGAACUUCAAGGUGAAUCUGGAGGUGGCCUACACCGACAGUUCGUUCAAGAAUCUGUUCUCUUUCGCGAGCGGUGCGGACUUUAACAAUCCCUCCAACAAGUACGAACUGAGCCAGUAUGCUGAAUUCGUGCUGAAACCGGAAGCACAGGGACUGGAGUCGCUGAAGCUGAACAACAAGCUGCAGCUGCCGAAGCAGCUGAUCCGGCUGGACUUUGCUACGAACAAGAACAAGUUCUUCCUGGACGGAGAGUACGGUUACGACAAGUACAAGAUUGCAGCGAAUGUGGAUGCCAAGUACAACGAAAAAUCAGCCGGCGACUAUGAUGUGCAGGUGGGCGGUUCGCUCAACAAGCACUUCUUCAAGUUCCUGUCGAAGCGCCUCGUGGAACAGAACAAGAGCCGUUUCAGCAACAAGCUGACGGCUAGCACCGGUACCAAGUUUGAGCUGAACGGAGCUGUAUCGAACCGGUUCACCAGCCAGGACGGAGAGCUCAACCUGGAAGGAUCCCUUGUCGCUGUCGAAAAAGCUUCGCCCUACAAGCUUUCGAUGACAGUUCAGUUCUCUGCCGCGAACGUCCUCUCCAACGCCAAGGUGCUGGUGGAUAAGGAAGAGUUCGCUACGUACGACUUCAAGCUGCAGCGCGGUCAGGAUCCUAACGGCAAAUUCACGUUUGUGGUGAAGGACUUCUUCGAUGGCAACGGCGAGUUUAAGUCGAAGAAUGGCGAUGGUAACAUGUUUGCGUUGGUGACCUUUGUCAAGCAGGAUCGCAAGGUUAAGCUGGACAGCAAGUUCAAGGUGGACAAGCCUGUGUACGACGUGGAGGUUGAUUUCUACUAUGACUUUGAGAAGGACAAUAGCAAGAAGGUUCGCUUCGAAACCAAGAACAAGGUCACCCAGACUAGCUUCGAUAGCAAGAACAAGGUGGAAGUGUUCUCGGAGAAGUACGAGCUGAAUCUGGAAGGUCGCGGUAAUCCGAAACCGGUUGAUGGCACGUUCACCACCAAGUUCAGCCUGCUGCUGCCGACUGGACGACAGUUCGGCGGUGACUUCAAACGCGAGUCCUCGACGAAGGACGAGAAGAAGUUCGGAAAAAUGGUGACGAACCUGUACGACAAGCAGCCUGGCGGCAAGCAGCGAUCGGUGCAGUGGACCGGCGAGCUGAAGAAUGGAGAUUUCAAGGCGAAGCUUUUCGAUGCUGUGCACAACGUGAAGUACUCCGAUUUGGAUGGCAAGACGGUGGUGCUAGAUGCGACCGUGAAGCACGUCCCGGCUGGUAAUUACAAGUCGGCCGCCGGUAGCUUGAAGGUAUCCGGCAGCUUGCUCCCGCAAGUGGCCGAAGUGAGUGUCGUCGUUGAUGAGUACUGCGAACACCACGCCAAGUACCACGUCGAUGGUAAAUAUGGUUCGGACUUUACGGCUGCUCUUGCCGGUGGAUAUCAGACCGGUGGUCAUGGUAAACCUGCCAGCCACGAGCUUAAGGUUGACUUAACUGCCCCAUCCUACAAGCUGGGCGUUGCGUCCAACGGCAAGUAUCUGCAACCGGAAGCGGAUGAUGGAGUGUACGAGUUCGAUUACGCCGGGUCUGUGGACUACAAUGGCAAGAGCGCGUCUGUGUCAACUCAGGCCAAGGGUAACUGCAACCGUGGUAACGGAAAACUCAACCUGAACCUCCCGAACGUGGACCCGAUUGCGGCCGAAGGUUCCUACACCUACGACGCGAAGGACGAUGGACAGUUCCAAACGAACAGCGCUCUGAAGGUAUCAUACGGUGAUGGCAAGAACUUUGAGUUCACCGGAUCCGCUAAGGUACCGUCGGCAGAUGACAUUCAGGUGCACGCCACACUGAAGUCCGAGUUCGAAAGUGUACGCAGCGUCGAUGCGAGCUUCAAGCAUGCCAAAUCGAGCGACAGUGCGUACAACACGAAGCUGCAGAUAACGGCCGAUGGCAAGAAGUUCAGCGUAGAGAACGCUGUCGUCAUGUCGGAAACGAACCCGUCGGUGGACUUUACGCUGGUCUACCCAGAAAAAACGGUGAAGGUAUCGGGCAGCUACAAGUCGCUUGGACACAGCGCAUUCAAGGCGGACGCGAAGGUGCAGAAUCUGGCCAACUUCGAUAUGGAAGCUAACGUGGAGGCCAACUUCGACAGCUACCAGACGUUCUACGUCAAGCUGUACGGUGAUGCGCCCAUGCUGAACACGAACAAGUUGUCGGUGGAGGUGAACGCGAAACCGGGAUCGAACGGCAAGGGUGUCAACUUCCGCGCUUCCGAGGGCGGCAAGGACAUUCUGAGCGGGUUCGCCGACUACUCGGUGAAGGAACAGGGCAAGGCAACGGUCAUCGAGGGCCAGGGUAACGUGAAGCUGUACGAUAAGCAGCAGACCGCCACCUUCAAGCUGAUCCGCGAGAAGCUGUCCGAGUCUGGUUUCUCCGCUACGCUGACUGCAUCUGUGGGCAAGUUCUCACUGCUGCAUGAGUCGCGCGUACAGCCGAAUGACUUCCGUGUCAAGACGAAUGUGUGCGACGAAAAGAAGAAGUGCACCAAACUGGAAUUGACCUCGAAACUGGAACGAGCGGCAGGAGCCUUCAAGCAUGAGGCUUUGGUUUCGCUCGAAGUCCAGCAAAUGGGCUACGAACAUGAGUUUGGUCUGUCCGCCAAGACUAGCGCCAACGGACUGAAGUUCGAUCACACCACCGACAUGCAGCUGAAGCAGAAGAAUCAACCCAAAUACCAGUACCUGUUCUACGUGCAUCCGACCUCGGCCGGUGCCAGCCUGAUUCUGCCCACGCGCACCAUUGCUGUGGAGGGUGAGCUGAAUCUGCCCAAGGAGAAGUUCGGUCUGUUCGAUGGUAGCGUGUCGUUCUAUCUGGACAAGAAGAACGAGCCGGAUAACAAGGCUACAUUUGCGGUGCGCGGUGAGACCAAGAUGCUCGGCUCGGCUGGUGUUAGUGCGAACGGUGCGCUGACGUUCUCGCAUCCGACUAUCAAGGCGCUGUCGAUCCGCGCCAAGGGUACCCUGGACGGUGACAAGCAGACGGCGGACGGUUCGGUUGAGUUCGACGUGUUCAAGAAGGCGGCUGACAAAAUCGUCGCCAAGGUGCGUUACGUCAAUAGCGAUCAGUCGUUCAAGGGCUUCAACAUCACGUCCGAGGCAAGCGUAUCGAGCAAGGGCUUCGGACUGAACUGCGGCUUCAGCGGUCACACGGCGAUGUCUCUCGCUACCCGCCAAGCCAGUGCUGCUGGAUCUUUGACUCUACCAUUCGAAGGCUACACGUUCGGAACGUACUUCUUCGGAAGUCCGGAAUCGUUUGACUUCCUGCUGACUCGCUUCGGUGAUGACUUUGUCCGUGCGCACGGUACAUACGAUGCGAAGAAAUACCGGGGAGAUCUUACCUCGACGUUCAAGUUCGUGCCCAACCGACCGGUUGUGUUCGAGACGCAACUGAACGGACUGUCCUCUGCCAAGUUUGCUUUCAAGCAGGAUAACUUCUUCAGCGCCGACGGUUCGUUCGGUGUGGACAAGGCAGUGCUGCUGAAUGUGGUCGGUGAAGGAAAGCCGCUGCUGAACGCCAAGGUGACGCUGGAUGCAAGCCACUUCCUCUCCACAGAGUACAAGGUCGAUGAAGCUAACGCGAAGGCCUUCCUGCAGUCGCUCAACAAGCAGCUGCAGGCAGACUUUGUCCUGGUAAAGGAUGACAUUGCGCAACGGUACGCCAAGCUAAAUCAGGACGUGUCCACGCUCUCGUCGAACGUGGUUAACGCGCUGCCCGAUUUCAGCAAGUUCCAGGAAAGCUACGCGAAGCAGCUACAGAAGCUGCAAGAAGACAUCAUGAGCGAUCCGGCACUGGCCGAAUUUGUGAAGACCGUUUCGAAGAUGGUCCAGCAGGUGAGCGAAGUGUUCGGCCAGCUGGCGCAGGUUUAUGUCGAAAGCUUCCGCAAGAUGAAUGCCAUUGUGAACGACAUUGUCGCCCAGUUGGUGGAGACGUUCAACACGAAGGUGCUGCCAGCGCUCAAGGAACUGUCGACGAAGGUAGAAGCCAUCUUCUUCAACAUCUACGAGGAAACCGUCAAGCUGCUGGUGGCCGUGUUCGAGCGCACCGUCAAGGCGUUGAAGGUGUUCGAGGAAGACUUUAACAAGAUUGCCACCAACGUAUCGGAGCUGUUCCGCACGUUCGCACAAACGUUCAACAAGGCCAUCCAGGUGCUCGAGAAGGAGUUCAAGGAGCUGUACAAGCUGGUGCAGGAGUACUUCGAUUCGUUCGACGAGUUCAAGGCGGUCAAGGAAACGCUAAAGGAAUACUUCGACGGGUUCGAUCGCUACGCCUACCAGCUGCUGAAGGAGCUGCUCUCUCUGGUGGAGGCUCUCUACCCGAUGCCGGAGGUGCAAGAGUUCACGACGGCCAUCAACAAGUACGUGACCAACAAACUGGAGAACAAGCCGGUCAACGAUAUCGAGGAACUGAAGGCCCUGUUUGUGAGCUUCGUGAAGGUGCUGAACCAGGCCGUGGAGCGUCUGAUUUCGGGCGUAAACGUGCAGCUCUCCGAACCGACGUUCGGUAGCGACAGCUUCACCUCGUUCGUAACGUUCAAGUUCCUGCCGUACGUGUCGAGCAUCCAGUUCAGCCCGUGGAACUUUGUGCGCAACGAGAAGUUCUACUCGGUUCGUGACUUGGUCCACCAGCUGCGUCUGUACGCGUUCAAUCCGUUCGCUCGCGUUCCACUGUUCCACAUGCACGCUCAGCUGGGCGACGGUGGUCACUUCUUCACGUUCGACGACAAGCACUUUACCUUCCCGGGCAGCUGCUCGUACCUGCUGGCGUCGGACUUUGUCGAUGGCAACUUCAGCAUCGUGGCCGACAUGGACAAUGGUCGCCUGAAGUCGGUUACGCUCGUCGACAAGGAUUCGACGGUCGAGCUGAACAGCAAGGCCGUGGUGAAGUACAACGGCAAGGACACCGAUCUGCCGAUCUUCCAGAAGGAUGUGUACGUGUUCCGCAAGUACUACACCGUCACGAUCGGUACCAAGUACGGUGCACAGGUCAUGUGUACGACCGACCUGAAGAUCUGUCACUUCUUUGUGUCCGGAUUCUACUUCGGCCGGCUGCGUGGUCUGCUCGGUAACGGUAACUACGAACCGUACGACGAUCUGGCUCUGCCGAACGGUGCCAUUACCGAGGCAUCCACCGACUUUGCCAACAACUACAAGACGAGCCAGGCUUGUGCUGCGGUCGCCGACCACGGUCACGAUGCGCACGCCCACUCCAACCCGACCUGUGCCAAGUUCUUCGGUUCGGAAUCGUCGCUGAAGCUGUGCUCGUACCUGCGCGAUCAGACGGGCUACAAGGAAGCUUGUAACCAUGCGGCCCACGAAGCCGGUGAUAAGGCUGACGAGGCUGCCUGUGGCAUCGCUCGCCUGUACGUGUCCAGCUGCACGCUCUACGGAAUCCCGACCAUGAUGCCGAGCCAGUGCGAGAAGUGCGCCACCAACGAGGGUCGCACGGUCGAUGUGGGCGACUGGUACACGGUGAAGGCUCCGCAGAAGCAGGCCGACAUUGUGCUGGUGGUCGACACGUUCCUUGGUACGCUGUUGGGCGAACUAGUCCAGGCCACGAUCAACGAUCUACGCAAGGAGCUGAAAUCUUUCGACGUGAACAUUGCCGUGAUCGGUUACAGCAGGACGGAUAAGUACACUAGCCUGUUCUCGAACGGCGGCAAGCUGGACUACACCGGCAAGCUGGGCCAGGCCGAUGUCAGCAGCGGACCGAAACAGUGCAGAGGACUGGUUACGGGUAUCGAAUCGGUCGACGCCGUGCUGCAGGUGCUGCAGAAGAUUGGCGAACAAUCGAAGGAGAAUCUGGGCGCUACGACCGAGGUGUACGCUUUGCGCCGUGCCUUCACCUAUCCGUUCCGUGCCACCGCCAGCAAGUCUGUGCUGGUGUUCCGUUCGGAAUCGAUCGACGUUGCACAACCGGGAAGUGCUCUCAGCGCCGCUUUGGGACUGGCUAACGUAAAGGCACGCGGCAUCAUGUUCAACAUGGUUGCACCACUGAAGAGCGUCGGACUCACGAACACCAAGGACCAGUCGAAGGUCAAAUCGAUUGUUGGCUUUAACGAGCGCGUCGUGUACCACAUGAACGAUAAGAAGCGCACCGUGGGUUCGUCUGAGAUGAAGAAAUCGCUCAAGUACGACGAUGUGGUUGCCGUGUCCGCGGUCGAGCGGUUCGGCGGUAACUUCUUCGUGCUGCAGAACUACGCCAACCAGAAGACUCCGAAGGACAAGAAGCAAUUCAUCUCGAUUGUGGCCGCCGUGCUGGCCGAACAGCUUUCCCGAACGGAGACGACCAACGAGUGCUUCUGCUAUCUGCGCGGUGGUCUACAUCCCGAGUCGGCGUGUACCGCUUCCGACGUGCAGGUGCUUCAACCAGCGGUAAAAAAAAGCCGGCGGUGCUAAGGGAUAAUUUACUAUCCCUCCUGCAACACCCGUAGAGGAUAUUUAUUGUGUUAAGAAGGGGCAGGUGUACACCAAGCGCAGCCGAACCAUCAGGGCGCUUCAAAGGAGUGAGAAACCGAAAGUCCAUUAACGCGCUCCGACUGUUCUCAGAUCGACAAAUCUCCACCACCACAACAGUUGGAGCGUACAAGGUAAUGAAUAUGCAGUUGUUUUCAACGCACAGUUUCUAUUGUUAAGAACAUAAUUUGUCUGAGUUAAAUAAAUAAUGUGACUUUAUACAUGAGAG